AUGGAUGAAGAAGAGAUUGAAACAAACGCUGAGGCAGAUCAUCACACAGAAGACUGCCAUGAGGAAGGGCCGGCACUCUCUGGUGAUAUUCCAACAACAAAUCCGGCGGAGGACGAUACGAUGAAAGAAGGAACAAAGACAUAUCUUCAUGCACAGCCACCUAAAGUCGUGAAAACAAAAGGAAGUAGGAGCAAGAAGAAGAAGGAUGAACCGCCUGCACCUGCCCAUGCCACUGCAGCUGCCCGUCCAAAACCAGAGCUCAACACCCAUGGAAACCCCAGAGGUCAAAGGUUGUGCAGCAACUGCAACAAAAUAGCAGGGCACAAUGCAAGAACAUGCAAAAAGAGGCAGAUGGCGGAAAAGCUCCUUGAGGCCCAUCAAAAGGUGUACGGGGCUUCCCCCAUGAUGGAUAAAGAAAAGAUAUGCAUCAGAAAUGUGCUUGCAAAACAGGUUGUAGGAAUAGCAAAUAACGAACAGCUUCUGGACACGGAUGAGGAUGAGGAUUAUGAAGACCAAACAGACGAUCAUGAGAAUGAGGACGAUGUAGAAGAUUAUGAUGAAAAUGAAGAUGAUCAAGGUGGAGAAGGUGAGGAGGAAGAACAAUGCCAGACAGAAGUGACGAAUGAGCAAACUCUUGAAGCUAUUAAAAACAGCAAACCAACUCCCGCUGUUCCAGAAGGACAAAGAACAUGCAGCAUAUGCAAAAAGAAGGCUUCGCACAACUCACGGACAUGCCCUGACAAGGAUGAGAUCCUCAAAAAGCAGCUUGAAGAGCAACAAAACUCGGGGGAUAAGGAUAGGGAAGAGAACUUGUAG